AUGGAGGCUGGUGAUGACGAGGAGGCCCCACUAGAGCCACCAGAGCGGGUGACCCAUCGUCCCCUGUCCCCUCAAGCCUGCCUCUAUGUUUACGCCCUGCAUGGCUGCCUGUGUGAGGUGAGCUUCACCGCUAUAUGUGACUGGUGGGAGACCCAGGACAGGAGGCUGGCAGGACACACCUGCCUUUGGGCCCUCCCCAUGAACACCUUGGCCAUCUUCCUCAUAGAGGGCCUGCGUGGCAGGCUGUUGGCCCAGCUCUUCCCCCUGCUGUUGCGGAUGCUUGUCUGCACCCUGUUCAUCUACCUGUGGGAGUUUAGCUGGGGCAUAGUGCUGAGGCUGCUAGGAGCAAUGCCAUGGGACUACUCUGGGUUUAGCUAUAACCUGGCAGGGCUGGUGACUCUGGAGUACGCCCUGCCCUGGGCCCUUGCCUCACUCAUAGCAGAGCAGCAUGUCAUCAGGAACACUCUGAGAGUACGACUGAUUAACUGA